AUGCCCCCCGCCACAAAUUUUAUAUCCGAUAUCUUUGGUAAUAACCUCUUCGAAUUUGACUUACUUGACCUUACUACAAAUCAUCGUCUCUACAUUAUGCAUGCAUACCUAGCUAUUUCCAUCGUCAUCGGGCUACUUGGUUCACCUACAAGGGCAGCGUUGUAUGAAAGCGUCAUACACACCCCCAACGGGCCUGUUCAAGGUUAUCCAGCCUUCAACAGUAGUGCCGCGAGUCUGAACCUCACCAAUUGGCAGAAAGUAGCCGUCUGGAAAGGUAUUCCCUUUGCCGCUGAUACAUCAGGUGAAAACCGCUUCCGGCCUCCGCAGAGUGUCACUGCUUGGAACACAACUCUGGAUGCCAAGGCCUACGGCUAUUCUUGUCCAUCGUCUGGCACCAGGUAUGCCACAAUCGGUGAAGACUGCUUGAACGUCAACGUAUGGAGCGCAGCAAAUUCAGCAGAUGACAGGCUUCCUGUCGUUAUGUGGAGCUAUCCUGCCGGGGGCUCCAAUGCUGAUCCCCGUUUUGACGGCGGAGGAAUGGCUGACAAGGGUGUCGUAUUUGUCAAUUACAACUAUCGUACUGGCCCAACCGGUUGGCUUGUAUCCCCCGAGUUGACAGAGGAGAAUCUGGUCGCUAGCGGCCUAAACAGCUCAGGAAAUUGGGGUAUGCUGGAUCAGUUCGCUGCUCUGCAGUGGGUACGAAACAACAUCGCGUCUUUUGGCGGUGACCCAGAACAUAUUACCGUGAUGGGUCAAUCGGCUGGUUCCGCUGCGACCUAUCAUAUCCUGAACAGUCCACUGACCAAAGGGCAAAUCGUCGGCGCCAUCAUUCAAAGCGGUCUUCGUGACCCCCAUGAUCCAUCUGCUACCGAGCUGGCUGAAGGUUACCAGACCUACGACGUCGCUGAGAAGUACGGCGUGUCCUUCAUGCAUAGUGUGAACUGCACUACUAUUAGUUGCAUGCGCACCUUACCAAUGAAAACUCUCGACACGUCUGAGUUUGGUGGUACAUCUGGCCCGUCCUUCAAGGGAACUCUCGACUAUUACUGCAUGCCGGAUACGUAUUUGAAUACACUCAAGCUUGGACUAUCUCAUGAUGUUCCAAUUUUGACCGGCAAUACAAAGGACGAAAGUGGGGCCUCCUACGGGUUGAACAUCACACUCGAGGAAUACCUCUCAACCUUGAACAGCACUUAUUCAAGUGAAUUUGUGGACAAGUUCUUCAACGCGUACCCGGCCAACGACUCUGUCACUGCUUCCGCUGCCCAAAAUGCACAAUACACGGAUCGUUCCACAAUCGGCACGCAGUUCUGGGCCAACUAUUGGCUAAGUAACAGAACCAGCCCCGUGUGGACCUAUCUUUGGGACCACGCUCCUCCAGGACAAGAUGCUGGCGCUGCCCACAUGACGGAAAUCCAGUACACGCAAAAUAACCUCUAUAAUGUAUAUUAUGGCGAGUGGGAAGAAGCGGACUAUGAGAUCGCUGAAAACAUGAGCAAUUACUGGGUCAACUUUAUCAAAUACGGCAACCCCAAUGGUGAUGGGUUAGGUCACUGGGACAAUGUCAACACCAACACAACAACAACCCAAGAGCUUGGUGACAGAUGGGGCCCCAGAAUUGUUGCACAUGAGACCCAGAUUUCUCUUUUCAGGUCGUGGUUUGCUUCCUUGGUGGCUAUUUAG